UAGCGGUUCCGGUCAGUGUCUGGCUUGACGUCCGUGUCUCCCUUCAUAAUAACACCGCCGCUGCCGCUGCAGGUCCUGCGGGUAGAGGACAGAAGCUGACGGCGGUGUUUGUGUCAGCAUGCCGGCACAUGAAGCUUCUUCCCGCCUCUCGGUGACUCCGUGUCUGUCACUCUGAAGCUGUAAUGAGCUGUUACUACCGGGAAACCGAUACGGAACCGAGCAGGAGGUGAGGAGAGGAGAGGUGCCCUUCAUUGCUUGGCGCAGUCAGUGUGCUGCGCGCUGUCAGACGGGGACGAGCUAAAGACGGAAUGGUGAUUUAAACAGCUCUUUUUGACGCGGAGGAAGCCUGCCUCGGUUCUUCGUCUGUUUUUUGUGUUUUUCUGGGAUUAUUUUUCGACAUUUCAUGCCCGAGCGCAGAGCCGGAGCGACGGGAGAAUGCAGCACAGCGGGUGUUUGGCUGCAGGUGGAUGGCCAACCUGACAGUUCCUGCCGCCGCUUCCCUCCCGUUCAGCCGCCGCCGCAGCAGCAGCAGCGGGUCUGGCUUCACCCGGAGCUCUAAGAACAAACUGCAAAACAGAACCAGAACCAGAUCAGGCCAAUAAACCGGAGCCAUGCUUCCAGGGGUCGGCGUGUUCGGCACCAGCCUGACCGCCAGGGUGAUCAUCCCGCUGCUGAAGAACGAGGGCUUCGCCGUCAAAGCGCUGUGGGGCCGGACGCAGGAGGAGGCGGAGGAGCUGGCCAAGGAGAUGAACGUACCGUUUUACACGAACCGGAUCGACGACGUGCUGCUGCAUCAGGAUGUAGAUCUGGUCUGCAUCAACCUGCCGCCGCCUCUGACGCGGCAGAUCGCAGUCAAAACACUGGGUAUUGGAAAGAACGUCAUCUGUGACCGGACAGCAACGCCUCUGGAUGCCUUUCGUAUGAUGUCAGCAGCCCAGUACUACCCCAAGUUGCUGAGCAUAAUGGGAAAUGUGCUACGAUUCUUGCCGGCCUUUGUUCGGAUGAAGGAGUUGUUAGAGGAAGGGUACAUUGGAGAGCUUCUGGUCUGUGAGGCCCAGGUCCACAGUGGUAGUCUUCUGGGGAAGAAAUACAACUGGAGCUGCGAUGACCUGAUGGGAGGUGGUGGUCUGCAUUCGGUGGGCAGCUACAUUAUCGACCUGCUUACGUUUUUGACCGGCCAGCGUGCAGCAAAAGUCCACGGCUUCCUCAAGACCUUCGUCAAACAAACAGAUCACAUCCGGGGCAUCCGUCAGAUCACCAGUGAUGAUUUCUGCACGUUCCAGAUGGUACUUGAGGGAGGUGCCUGCUGCACCGUCACACUUAACUUUAACGUCCCUGGAGAGUUUCGGCAGGAGGUGAUCGUUGUGGGGACGGUUGGACGAUUAACUGUCAUGGGGACGGACCUGUAUGGACAGAAGAACAGUGGCGGAGGAGGAAGUGGUGGAGGUCCUGAACUCCUGCUCAAAGACACCACGCCUCUUGAGAAGGCUUCCUUACCAGAGAAGGCCUUCAGUGACAUACCAUCCCCGUAUCUCACCGGAACUAUCCGCAUGAUCCAGGCUGUGCGGCAGGCCUUUCAGGACCAAGAUGACAGGAGGACAUGGGACGGAAGGCCUUUGACAAUGGCCGCUACCUUUGAGGACUGUCUUUAUGCUCUUUGUGUGGUGGACACCAUCAAGAAAUCCAACCAGUGCGGAGAGUGGCAGAACAUUGUAGUGAUGACGGAAGAACCAGAGAUCAGCCCAGCCUAUUUGAUCAGUGAGGCCAUGCGGCGCAGUAGGAUGUCACUCUACUGUUAGCAUCCGGCUGAUGUUCUGACCCUUUUAAAAUGGCUGAGUGCCACUGUUUCCUUAAUAACUGGAGGUGACAUCACAAAGGUCUUGUUAUUGUUGGAACUUUAUUCAUACAGUUGCCGGGUUAAAUUUGUCACCGGUUCAUUUUAAAACUGUCAAAUCGGUAUUGUUACUUUUACAGACUGAGAGGUUACACCACUAUAAUACAACACGUUUUGGUUUCCUGAUACCUUGCCUCAGCAUUAGAGGAAAAGCAAUGUGAUCAAUAAUCAAACCUUUAUUUAUAAGGAAGUCCUUCCAGUUUUCUUCCCUUUUGACAGAAGACUUGAGUUCUUCCAGGGAGAUGCACUUGUAAAUCAAACUGAUUCAAACAGAAGGAAGAGAUUUAGUUCUACAGUGGAGGCAGAUCAGGGAGUGAAAGUAAUGCUUCUGUGUUCUGCUUGAUCAUAAUGGUAUUGAGCCUCUAAUCUCAGCUUCUCUUCUAUAUGACUGAGUCUGGAAGACACCUUACACUGUGGGUCCAAACGAGGACAGCCAAGAAAGAACGAGAGUCCUCUCAGUUAAAACUGUGCCGCUGUAUUGUUGCUAUAAUCAGAAGUACCUGUUAGUUUUACCAAGUGAAUGUUUCAAAAAAAUCAAUGUUCUUGAUAGCUUCAGUCUCUGUCUGCUCUGUAGGCUUCCUCUGUAUGUGUGAAACAUGAAAGAAAAAAAGAAAUCAAUAGUUUGGCUGGUGGGUUUUUCAGAGGGCUUUACCUUCUGGUUUAUGUAUGCAAUAUAUUCAGGUUGUAGUGUGCAGCAGAGAUACUUAUAUCUUCCAGCUUGGCAUAAAGGGUUAAAACACACUAUGGUAUGCCUUCAUGCAGUUACAGUAGCCUGUGCAACAGUCAAACAGUUUCCUGUAUGAGUGGACACAUACCUUAUUUAUUUCAUGCUUUUCAUAUUCCCCUGAAGCAUGGCCAUGUGUGAUGUGUGCAUAUCUGUACUGAGCCUUAAGUGUGGAUAUUAAGACAGUCUGCUGUGCUUUAUGCGCAUAUUGCAAUGCAAGGCGUCACACUUACAUCAAGUGCUUUAUCAUUUAGUACGCUUUAUAAAGCAUAGUGAAUUGCACAUUUGUCAGUAUGCAUCACAUGCAAGUUCAGUUUAGAGGCACACCUACAGUAAGACUUGGAACUUGCAGCCAGUUAAAAGAAAUAGAUUUCUUUUAGUUUGUGUUAGAGGUGUUAAAUAUUAAGGUUGGUGUUAUUCUGUGUAUUUUUUACUGACAGCCACUCCCAUGAAAAACUAAAACCACAUUGUGUUAAUUCAACUCUCAUCUCUUUUUGACUACCCUACUCUUGUCUGUGGCACUCAGGUCUAAGCCCAUUGACUCUUAGACAAGGUGUAAAUCUUUAAAAGUGCACCAAUCAAUGGGUCAAAUGACUAUACUAUACUGAUAAUGUGAAAGGUGUUGCUCAUAGCCAUGAACUCACAAAAAGUUUCCCUCAUUUCUCUGCAGCGUUUUAGCAUCUUUCAGCUCAUUUUUUGCUUUUAAAGGCCAAUGUUUGCUGUUUUUGUGCAGCAAACUCCCUCCCGGUACACUGCUGUACCACACCAAAGACAAACAGACUAAAUUAGCUGGUAAACAUUAUUAGCAUUAAGCAGCUAAAUAGCCAGAUAUUCCCCUCAGGAAAAAUGGAGCUAAAAGAGAAACAACACUGGCCAGACACAUGACUCCAAAUAAAUAUUUCUAUUGCUCCAUGUCUGCUCGAUGUGUAAUUUGGCAAAUUUGUGUUACAUGUCAGCUUUGAAAACAGGUAGCAAAUAUAUAGCUUUAAUUGUUUUUAAAAAGACAAUUUUCUCACAUUGACUGGGGACUGAAAUUUUUAGCUUAUGUCAAACAAACAGGAGUGAUGAUUUAUUGAAAACUAUUUUCAGCUUUUGACUCAUUUGGUGCUCUCAUAAAAAAAAGUCUAGAAUAUCACCAUCCUUAUUCUUUAAGGCAUAGUUCACAUGCAUUAUGAGUGCAACAUGUUUCCAAUUACUCCUUGUGUUUUACUAUCUGUCAAUCACUCCGGAAAGCUCAAACAAACCAUCAUAAAGUAUUUGCAAAUACAGUUUGACUUAAGGUUUUUGGUAUCACUCAAUACAGGUGAAAGAACUGACCUACAAGCCAAAACAUUGAUUUUUUUUUUAUGCAUCUCUGUUCCCCUGUGUGGUUUCAAAUUCUUAAACUGUGCUGAAAUACUAUCUAUGUAACGACUACUGAAAAUGUAUAUAUGAAAAUAUUAUAAAACAACAAUGCGUUUGUCUCAAGCAAGUCUCAAACAAGUACUGUAUGUAUUUUAUUUGUAAAAAACCAAGGAACUGGAACAUGUUUCGAUGAGUGUUAAGGUAUUUAUUCUUUGUUUUUGCUGUUGAAGUUUUGUGGACUGACCUGCAGUGUAUUUUGGAGAUUAACAGCAGACUGAGGCCUUGGAGUGUUCAGCUCUUUAAAGUUCCCCAUUUAUGAAUUAUUGACCAAAAUACUUUGUAACACUGUUCUGAAAAGCUUUAUGUUUGCUCUAAAGAUGCAUCAUAAAUCAUCACAUUCAUGAUCAAACAUCAUUACACUGUCAUCCAGUGCAAACUUUGAUAUGAAAAAUAUUAUCAGUAAGAGUAAUGUCUCCCCCAUUUUUAGUGUUCAGUGUUUUGGAGUUACACAUCGUAGGAGCAAAACACUGUUAAAUAAUCAGCCUCAAAAAGCUCUGAGUCCAACACAGAUAAGCUAUCACUCUGAACGAUAACUCAAGCGCCUUAUCAACUCUGCAUAUAGACUUUCCCCCUUUGUCUGUUAACAGUUUUCAGACAUAAAUGCCGGAAACAAAGCAGCUCAGUGGAAUUCUCUUUUCUUGUUUAAUUCAAAGCUGUAUAAUUGAGCUGAAAAUCUAUGAUUGAGUUGGCCUGAAUCAAUAUUGUGAUUUAGACUUGGAUUAAGGUCUAAGUGACCUCAGUAAGAGGACACUAAGCAGACACGGGAUAGUGAGGUACUGAAUCGGAAGAAGGAACAAGAAAGAAAUGAUCCAGGAUUCAGAUCAAAGUUCCUACAUUUAAUCAACGUUUCAUCAAACCUUCAUUUAAAAUUAGUAAAGAAAACAUAUUGCUGAGACUUCUUUUGAAUGAUAUUGUUUGUGAAGUGUAUUGUUCUAUGUGUUGAAUUGAAAGUGAUAGAUCCCAGUUAUGAUAGGAAGUAAGCUGAGUGGAAAUGCAUGACAAGAAGAUAAUCCCCCUUUAUCCCUGAGAAUGGUUCAGUCCACUGGGCUCAUACCUUGCCUUCCACAGAAGAAAGGUAAUUUUAUUAUGAUUUACAGGGUUACACAACACAAACUGAAGGUUAAUUAUUUGUUUCCGGUAAAUUGACCAGUUAUUAGUAAGACGUUAUUUGCUUGUAAUCAUUUCCUAAACGUUUCCUGAAAAGCAUCAUGUGAUUUACUACAGUAAUUACAGUUAAAGUAUACAAAGUUAUGAAACUAUUGAAGUUCAGUUAGCUGAAUUGGAAUUAAUUGUAAAUGUGCCAACUCAUGAUCCGUUCCACAAUCGACACUCGAUCACUUUCCCUAUAAUUAGUACCAAAUUACAUGGUUCUUUCCAGAACUUCCUCAACAACUAGGAAUUAUUAUGAAUGUACUUGUAAAAUAAAGUGUUACCCAUUUAUUGCAUUUGGAAAUAUUACAAGGAAACUGACACAAGGGAAAUUCUGCAGGGUAAAUGCAGAGGAGUGUUUUUGCUGGUCUGGUGUGCUUGCUAAGCUGCAGAAAUUCAUCCAGCCCAAUAAAGAAACACACCAGUAAUUCAACUCAUAAGUUUAGCUUAAUGCUCAUAUUUCUUACCUUUUGUCUACUAAUUCACCAUCUGUUUUUAGGCCAUGGCAACUUGGCUGACAGUAUUUCAUUACCCAGGAUUGCACAGGUUUUGGCGUCCGUGUGAAGGAUCCUCUCACAAUAGACCCAGUAUGUUGGCCUCAUUCUAAGAUUAAAUUAACUAUAUUUAGUAUAGGACAGUGACUUAUAACAUUAGCCUAACCUGCUUGAAACAUGGAUUCACUCUCAGUUAUGCUAACUGGAGGUUCAUCCAUCUCCACACAGACUCAUCCUCCUCCAUGAGGCGCAAUUAAACAUGUCAGCAGACACAUCCUCAACCAGCUGCCCCUGCUCUGUGCUAAGUGUGUCAUUAGCCUCUGCCUCAAAUUAAGAACAUCACAUGACUUUUCAUUUCAGAAACACUGACACACUAAAGUGCAGGGAUUUAAUUGACCCUUUCUCUGCUGUAAUUACGAUGCUGACAGUGAUAGUGAUCCAGGGAUCAUAUUUUUUACAUCACAACCUUAAUCGUUUACUAUGUAUUAGUGAAGCAUCUGCAAAGGCUUUAUAGUGACCGCAUCUAUGCAUAGAUUCAGCACUGAAUAUUUAAUGAGUGGAAUUUGGAUGAGCUGAUACAGUACAGUGUGAGGAUUUCACACAUUUUCAAAAAUCAGUUAGCAGCAUCAAAUGUUCAUUUGAUUGAUGUUCAUGUAUUUUCUUUUAAACGUUAAAUCACUGAAUAUUUUAUUUUUUCAUUCUUACUGAAAAGAUUUUCAGACGUUGAGGUGAUGUUAUGCUGUAUCACCUGGACAGUGAAGCUUGUUUGCUCGUGUUUCCCAUACUACAACUGCUGUGCUUUAUGGACUCACUGAUGUAGAUAUUUUGUUGUUUUGAUUCAUUUCGCUUGCUGCUUGUGGCCUGUUGAAGACAAAACCUGCUCGGUGCUUCAGAAAAAGACAUUGCAGAAAAAUAACAGGAGGUAUCCAGUUCCAACUUUGCACUCUGACUGCCUUGUUUGCAGACAGUCGUGACUAUGAAUUGCUUGUUCUUACUGUGCCAGUAUUCACAAACUGUUCAGGAAAGGCUUUCUCGUACUGAGAGAGAGAGAAGGUGGGAUAGGGUGAAAAUUGUUCAUUUUGGAGACGGACAACCUCAAAGAGGAGCUUCUUCUGCCCUCAGAGACCGUUACUUAGCAACCAGAAGCCACGUUGCCAAAACUGGGUCCUGCCUUUUUUUUCUUUUCUUCCUCUCUUUCAUUUUCACUCACACAGUAACACGCUACCCUCACUCCUCCAUAUGUCACACCUCUUUCUUCCACACACCCCCCCUCUUUCUCCAACUGGCUGGUCAAAGGAUGAGGUCUUAACAGGGGUUUUACAAUCAGUGUUGAGAAAGGUAACGGUUUUCACAUCUUUCACAGGGUAACUCUUGAGAUUGCUUUCUCCUUUAUUUUUUUCCCUAUCUGCCUUUCAUUUGAUUUUCAUUGUGAGUCAGGUUGAAGCCUGGAGUACAAGCUCACUGGUGCUUCUUCCCCCCCAAAUAUUCCCUUUUCUUUUCAUUUCUUUUCUUUUCUUUUCUUUUACUUCACAUGCUUUUGGAGCCAGGACAGCAGUAACCAAGGCAACCCCUUUAAUAAAAACUAAUAACAGAUAGAUACAGGUUCUGAUUGCCUUUCCUCAGCUGGUUUAUGAAUUCUGUCUCCUGUCAUGUCUUGCUGUACCCUAAACUUGUUCAAAGAAAAAAUAAUAUCCAUCAUGAUGCUGUAUUGUAACUAUAUCCAAUAUUUAUUGUUCUGUAUGUAUAUUGUGGACGCAUGGACCUCUGUACAUACUGUAAUUUGAACUCUCAAACGCAUAUUUAUGGGUCGUAAUCUAGAGAAUGUAUUUACUGUAGGAAUAAUUUAUAUUUUCUAUCCGUUAAGGACAAUAUGCCAUUUUUUGGAGGUCAGUCGGUGUUGCAGAAAUAAAAGCCCCUCUUGAGUUCUUUGUGCUGUAAAGUGUGAUGGUGCACUUCUGUUAAUUGACCCCUCCCACCCCCUUUUCUUUUUUUGAUUGACUGUGCUACUCCUGACUCAAGUGUUUUACUGUCUCAUCUCCCUGCACCAGUGCUCGGCACUGACUGAAUGUGUGUGAAUGAGGGUGUGUGUGCGUGUGCUAAAGAAGGGGAGAAGUGUGAAUUUGUGUGUCUGCAACAUGCUGCAAGGCUUCAGCACUUGUCUAAUGCUGCAGUUUCUAUAGAAUUUAAAAAAAAAGUAUAUCGAUAAAGACUCAAAAAAUUCAUUUUUAUGUCAUAUCUUUUGGUCACAAGCUACACAAUGGAUACCACAACUGAACCCACGUGUCUCAACCUCUCUGUAACCAUGUGGUUUUGCCUGUAUUCAAACUGAAGAUGAAGAUGAAACAAAUAACAAUACAGAAACAUCUGCUGUUGCUUAGAGAUUUUUGUUUCAUGUUAUUAUAGUAAUGUUUUUUGAUGGGAGGAUGUACAGGAGUCCUUCAGCUCCUACUUGGCUGCACACAACAUAUUGAAAGCUUCUGCUGACCCCUGCUGGCUGCUGGAGAUGCUGCACUUUUUACUGCAUCACGUUGUCCCAAGGCAACAGGAAGUCUAUUUAUAUAGUAUAAUAGUACAUUUCAGGAAGCAGAUAAAAGAACCAUAGUACCAAGGGUAAGAGGAAUGUAAUGCCUUGAAAUCAAAUAUCUUGAUGGAAAAAUGAAAGUAUAUAUUUAUAUAUACACAGUACCAGUCAAAAGUUUGGAUCCACCUUCUCAUUCGAUGCUUUUUCUGCUUGCUUAUUACUUUCUACAUUGUAUACGAGACUGAAGACACCAGAACUAUGAAUGAACACAUAUGGAAUAAUGUGAUAAACAAACAAAGUGUAAACAAAGGAAAAAUAUGUUUUGUAUUUUAGUAUAUUUUGCUUUGAUAGCAGUUUUGCACACUACUGAUAUCCUCUCCAUCAGAUUUAAGAGGAUAUUCGCUUGGAAUGUUUUCAGUUUACAGGUGUGUCUUAUCUUGUCAGGUGUGUUAUGUUUUUCAGAUUUAGUGUUGACAUACAAUAAUAAUAAUUCAAACACUGUAUAAUAAACAUUUUGAGGUU